AUGACGUUCUCAAACCUUAAGGUUGGCAUCAUCGUUGCCAAUGAGAUUGCCCCCCGGCCAUGUUGUCUUGUGGGAAACUUGCAACUUGCACUGGUGGUGGUCAAUCUCUUGGAGAGGGAUGUGAGCAUCCAUGGUGCGCUGAUUCACGAUUCCAUCAUGUCCUAUCGUGCUGAGUUGGAAAAGAAGCACAUUGCAUUGGGUGUUGCACUGGAUGAUCUGCAGCUGACAAGCAUGGACCUGCUUUUGUGGAGGUCAUGUGCGAUGCCUCGGGGGAGCAAGCGCCUGCAGAACUUGGCAUCCCGGUCAGAUGAAGGUUCGGGUGUGGCCUCUGCUGCUGAUGGGCCACCUCGUGCUUUGGUGCAGAGUGCCUACCGCUUUGGAGAGCUCUUCGCGGGUGCUGCGAAUGUCACAUCUGCCAUGUAUUGGUUUGCUCCAUUGGGAAAUGUCGAGAAGGAUUGGGUGGCCCGAGGAAACCUCAUGGCAGCGAGGGUCACUCUGCUGGCGCACUUGGCCGUGGCACUGAACCACACAUUCAUUAUCGAACAGCCUGGCAGUGCAAAGUUCGGUGACCUUCCCUUUUGGAGAGUCUUUGUCGAGGAGUAUUGUUAUGUGGCUUGA